AUGGAUUCAGCUGAUAGUGCUGCUGGGAAUUCGCAGGAUGACAAGAAGAAAGCCAUCAAAAAAUUUAUCAAAUGCAAUAUUUGUCUAUCAUUGAAGGAACACCAUGGACUGCAUGAGGGUGAAUGUGAAAUCUGCCAAAGUUCAGCAGGAAGGACAUUCCCAACAAACACAUCACCACGCACACUGACGAAAAACUCCUCAAAUGUCAUAUUUGCGAGGAGGAAUUCACAUUAUCAGAACAAUUUCUCACACAAAGUCAACUUUAUUGCACAUCAACACGUGGACACUGACCUGAAUUUUUACGAAUGUGCAAUUUGCCGAAAGACAUUUACCUCAAACCAUCGUUUGAUUCAACAUGCAUCAAUACACACUGGUGAGGAACCAUUAGAAUGUGAUAUUUCUCAGAAGAAAUUCUCACGCAAGAAUCACUUGAUUUUCACUUUCGAAUGUGACACUUGUCAGAAACAAUUCACUUCUGCUGAUUAUUUGCGAGAACAUUCCAAACUGCAUGAUAACUUGAAAUCAUUCGAACAUUUGAUCACAUACAUGAGAAAACAUAUUGUCGAGAGACCGUUCAAGUGCGAUAUGUGUCAAAAAGCGUUCAAACGAAAGUUCGAUAUGACUCGCCACCGAAGAAUUCAUACUGGUGAGAAACCUUUUGAAUGUCACAUUUGCCAGAGAAAAUUCGCCUCAAAGAAGAAUUUGCUUUUUCAUAUUGAUACGCAUACUGCGGGGAAGUCAUUUGAAUGCGAUAUAUGCGAGAAAUCGUUCAGUCGGAAAAUCCUCAUCAUAGAACACUGUAGACUACAUACUGGCGAGGCACCUUACGAAUGUAGCAUGUGUCAACAGAUAUUUGCUUUUAAAAGUCACUUGUUGACACACGUUGCCCUGCACGCUGGCGGGAAACCUUUUCAACGUGAUGUGAAAAAGUCCAAAUUGGGAAGUCAAUUGAAUAGUCACAGCAAAGCUCGUCACAGUGAAAUACGGGUGGAAGGUAAAAUUGUUGCUGCUAACGAUGAUACUAGCGGACUAUGUUCUGAAACAAAGAUGAAAAGUUGUUCCAUUAAUGAUGUUGACGAUGAAAUUGAAACAGAAGUGAAGGUUGAAGUCGUCGAGGACAGUAUUUUACCAACAGAUUCUGAAUUUGUGGAUAAAUGUGUGAAAAGUGAAAUUGAAAUUGUUCAUCAUGAACUGCAACUGCAAUUAGACAAUUCGAGAUUCGUUAAAAUCGAAAAUGAACAAAACUCUAGUAAUAAAUAUGAGUAG